AUGGCGGCCCCCGCAGAGUAUAAGCAACCUAAAGCAAAUGUUCGGACAAUCAACCCAUCCCUGGUCAGGUCUACGAACCCAAACACGCCCAUCUCGCCCCCAUACCAAACCCCGGACACAUCCAUGGGCGAGCAGCUCCUCAGCGACCUCGAUAGAACGAACUAUUCUCUCGUCCUCGCAGCUGGAAAGGGCGACAAAAAAGCCGUUAAACAGCAUCUCAAUGACGGCGCCAACGUCAACGCUCGUAUUCCCCCUCAACUGGGAAAAUUGAACAAUAAGCAGGACGAAGUAAGAGGGAAUCCAGAGCCGGGUUGGCUGCUUAUCUCAAGCUCUUUGGAGGGGUUAGUUAAGGUGGAAAUGGCAAACUGUGAAAGAACAGCGCUACAGGCAGCAGCAGACGGAGGAUUUAAGGAUGUUGUGGAGCUUCUUCUCGAUUAUAAGGCGGAUGUCAAUGCACCUCCAGCUAAACAAUAUGGAAGGACAGCAUUGCAAGCUGCUGCAGAGGGUGGUCAUUUAGAGGUGGUGCGGUUCCUAAUAAACUAUUCAGCAAAGAUCGACUCGGCGCCGGGGGAGAAGUUUGGGCGAACAGCCUUGCAGGCGGCGGCAGGGGCUGGCUGGGUCGAUGUGGUGGAUCUUUUACUAACUAAGGAACGAUUCCUGGUAAACAGUGAUAAUGAGGAUCCCGCAGAGAUUGGAGGAAGAACAGCAAUACAGGCGGCUGCAGCGGGGGGGCAUGAGAGAGUGGUUGAAAUGCUCAUCGCAGCCGGUGCCGAUGUCAGCGCCCAACCAGCUGCGAACUAUGGGACAACUGCAUUGGAGGCAGCAGCACGUGGAGGCCAUGAGAAGGUGUUAAGGCAGCUUUUCGAUGCCGGUGUCUUCAUAGGCGCUGGUCCUUCCUGCACAAUCCUUCACGAUGCCGUGGAUGAUGAGGGCCGGUUAAGGAUGCUUCUCCGCUUGUCCAAGUUCCACGUCAAUGAAAAGGAUCACCUAGGAUCAACCCCACUCCAUAUCGCAGUCAAAAAGACGAAAGUGGCGUCGGUUAGGCUUUUGAUCGACGCAGGAGCCGACCCGGAUAUUGUUGAUAUCUCGGGCGCUACGCCACUCCAGACCGCCCUUGAAAAGGGCUCUGAAGAAAUCUUGAAUCUACUUCUUCAUAAUGGUGCCGGAACGGAUCAGCUGAAGGUGGACCGGUAUGUAGACUUAAUCAAAGAUUCUGACAUCACAAAGCAGUAUGACGAGCGCGCGAUUAUCCUCCGGGAAGUGUUACCUCAACGGAGAGCUGUUGAGACAGUUCCUUGGGAGAGUACAGAGAUUAAAGAUCUUAAGGAUGAGAGCUGGUCCUCGCCAUCUAUUUGUUUGUUCAACUCUGACGACAGCCGUGAAUACUAUAAUUACGGUGGCUCAUUUUCAGACCCUCGUGUGUACCUCAAGGGAUAUUACGACGCGAAAAGCCACCAAACCUCAGGAUCAACACCGGUGGUGAGCUGGUCUUGGUUAACGGUCCAGAAUAAUCGAAACCUAGGCUCAACCUACCCUACUGUUUUUCAAGACGGAAUUCCUAAUAACCAGGCGAUGUUAUCAAAGUCCGACACAGAGGUAAUCCUUGUCGCCUACAUCAGUUUUGGCGUACCCGCCCAAAGCAACAGUGUGACUACAGAGAUGCAGUCAUUUCAGGUUACCACUCGGAAAAUCGACAUCUCGUGGAUGAUGAGAGAGUUAGAAAGCGCAACAGAAAGCUUCCGGGAACCUCGCUUUCGAGCGGUAACAUACGAAAAGUUCCGGGGAUCGUUUAUGCGGAGUGAAACCAUUGAGAACAAUAUUAGAGGACCACCGCUCCGGUCAGCAACUUUCAACAGCACAAAAGGAGCGUUUGAUAGAUCGAGAGGAUCAUGCCUGCGAUCUGUCAACUUCAGAGGAACACUGCGGGUCAAAUAUCUUAAGAUCCCUCGCCAUGGCGUAGAGUUUUUUAUACUCUUCCUGGACUAUGUGCACCUGAACUGGGAAGACCUAAUAAAGGCAGCCAAGCUACACCUUACAUAUAUUCGUGAUGCACAGCUUAGGAAAGGUGGAACGGAACCCUUGAUUACCGAAUGUCUGCUUGAAGACAGUCAAAAAUGGAACCGCUUUAACGCUGAAUUGAACCAACAAGUCCUGAAAGCACAGGAAGUUCUCAAUUCGUUCAAAAAGCACGAAGCACUCUACACGGAACUCGUUGAUCCGGAGGACUGGCGAGAAAAUCUUGUGGAGAUGCCACAAAUCAAAGAUUUGAAGAAGAGGAUUAACGAUUUUGAGUCGAGCUGUGAGCGAAAGAUCAAAGAACUUGUGGAUGAAACAAAGAUAAUGAUAGACCUUGAGUUUAGUCUUGUAUCUAUCGCUGAGGCACGUAGGUCAAUUGAGAUGUCUAUGAGUAUGAAAAGACUAAGCUGGAUAACGUUUAUCUUUCUACCGUUAACAUUCUGUUCUGGUCUCUUUGGGAUGAACGUUAACGUUCUUGAACAAAAUCCAAGCUGGUUAUGGUAUCCUGCAGUUGCAGUACCAAUACUAGGCUCUGUCCUCAUCGUUGGUAUCUGGAUCGAGCAAAGAAUUGGAACCUGGAUCGAGAAAAAUAUCGGUGCCCCCAUUGAAGCGAAACUCAUUGCAUCACCUGGGAGGCCCCCUUUGUCGCCAUAUCGACAGGAUGAGAACACAAACCCAUGGGGGUUAGGCAUAACACACUCCAUGGAACCACUGCCGCGGUCACACGCGGCGUCUAGGUGGCAACAGGCAUAUCGCAGUCGCGAACGCAACCCUACUCAGUGGCUACGGCGCAAGACCAGGAGCAACCAAACGGGUGUCGAUCAUAUUGUGGACGUGCGCUAG